AUGUCCAGCGCCUUUGUCCAGCGCCCCGCCCCGGGCUUCACCACCACGGCCGUCAUGCCGGGCGGCGAGUUCAAGGAGGUCUCGCUGUCCGACUAUCUGGGCCAAUGGGUCGUCCUCCUCUUCUACCCCCUCGACUUCACCUUUGUCUGCCCCACCGAGAUCAUCCAGUACAACGACGCGCUGCCGCGCUUCCGCGCCCUCAACACCACGGUCCUCGGCCUCUCGACCGACUCGCACUUUGCCCACCUCGCCUGGACCGCGCAGCCGCGCAAGCAGGGCGGCCUGGGCCCGGACCUGCAGCUGCCCCUGCUGGCCGACAAGUCGCUGCGCAUCGCCCGCAGCUACGGCGUGCUGCUCGAGGACGCCGGCGUGGCCCUGCGCGGCCUCUUCAUCGUCGACCCCAAGGGCGUGCUGCGCCAGGUCACCGUCAACGACCUGCCCGUCGGCCGCAACGUCGACGAGACGCUCCGCCUGAUCGAGGCCCUGCAGUUCACCGACCAGCACGGCGAGGUGUGCCCGGCGGGCUGGCACAACGGCGCCAAGACCAUCAAGGCCGACCCCAAGGGCAGCCUCGAGUACUUUGCCGCGGCCGGGGGGGACGCCGUCGUGGUGCAGAACGGCCACGCCAACGGCAACGGCGAGGUCAACAAGCGCGCACGCCUCGACUAG